UUUUAGCCCCUUGUCUCCUUCACCAUCCCCUCUCUCUCUCUUCUCAGCUUCAUCUUCAUCUUCAUCUUCUUCUUUCUUCUCCUUCUCGUCUUCUCUGAACUCUAUCCAUCGCCUGCACUUCUGUUCCUUUGUUUUAUAUAUCGCUUAUCAGAUUCUCUAUUUCAGACCUUCAAUCUUUUCUUCGAUAACUCUUCUUUCACUCCACCUCUCUUCCUUUCCCUUUCCCUUCUCUCUUUCCUUUUUUAUUUCCCAUCACUUCCCUUAAAAUAUACAAAAGCAAGCAAACCGCAAACCGAAACUACUGUUUCUUAAAAAAAUUCCUUCGACUUGGAUAGUAUUUAAUAUCCCCUUCAUCAUAAAAUUAUUUUCCCUUUCGUUUCCUGUUUUCUUUUAAUAAUUUUAUUUCUCUCUCCCUUUGAUGUGCCUAUGGCUGGUCUGGAUUUAGGCACUGCUUCUCGCUUUGUUCCAAAUCUCCACAGGCCUAACUUGCGCUUUCCCCAGCAGCAGCAGCAACACGAAUCCGAGGAAGAUGCGCAUCGGGCCGAUCCCUUUUCCAGCGACGACGGUCCCCACCAAGGCCUGGAGCUCGCCUCCACCGGACCCGGCGACAUCGUGGCCCGUCGACCCCGCGGUAGGCCACCGGGCUCCAAGAACAAGCCCAAACCACCGGUCAUAAUAACCAGAGAGAGUGCCAACACCCUCCGAGCUCAUAUUCUCGAAGUCGGUAACGGUUGCGACGUGUUCGACUGCGUUGCCAACUACGCUCGCCGGAGGCAGCGUGGGAUCUGUAUUCUAAGCGGAAGUGGCACGGUGACGAAUGUGACCCUAAGGCAACCAGGAGGUGCUGGAGCUGUAGUGAGUCUCCACGGGAGGUUCGAGAUAUUGUCGUUGUCGGGAUCGUUCCUACCGCCUCCGGCGCCACCCGGUGCGACCAGCCUCACGAUAUACUUGGGCGGAGGGCAAGGGCAAGUUGUCGGAGGAAGCGUGGUGGGAGAGCUGAGGGCGGCGGGUCCGGUGAUCGUGAUCGCUUCUUCGUUCACGAACGUGGCGUACGAGAGACUUCCGUUGGACGACGAGGAGCAGGAGCAGCUUCAGAUGCAGACAGCUGGCUCCGGUCAAGGCGGCUCCGGUGGCGGCGGAGGGAACAACUCAUAUCCUGACCCCUCUUCCGGUCUACCUUUCUUCAAUUUGCCGCUUAAUAUGCCGCAGCAGCAGCACAAUGUUCAGUUGCCGGUCGACGGCUGGGCCGGAAACUCCGGUCCACGUCCGUCCUUUUAACUAGAAAGAAUGGUUUUUUUUUUGUGGAUACGCAUUAAGGUCAGCAAAUUCAUGGACUACAACUACUACUACUGCCCCUGUAUGAGUUUAUAAUGCUUCCCUCACUCUCUCUCUUCAUUUACUUCUUGAUGAUGUAAUUUUGCGUUUUGAGGAGUUAUAAUUACUGUACUUGUCAAUUAGCAUCUCAUUGUUUCCUCUUUAUCCAUUUCCAUGAACCUAGCUAUCUCUGAGCAGUUAUUUCCUUUUCUGGAAUGUUUUAAGGAUUCAUCUUUUAAAA